UAUUUAAAAUUUAAAAAUAAAAUAAAAAGUAAAGGUGGUUUGUUCCUAUUUGUUGCCUAGUAUAGAAUAGAACAAAUGAAGAGCGUAGUACAACAGCAUCGGAAAAUAUUGCUAAAAUCACGACGAUUACGGUUCAUAAGUUAUUUUGAUUUUCUUGUCAAAUUAAGUCAGUGAGUGCACUCUGAGUCUUAACCAAACAAACACCGAUCUAUAUUUUUGAGACAGAUAGACCUCAACCUCACGAAUCUCAGUUUCUCAACUAUUCUCUUAUCUUCUCAUCAUACACUGUUUUGUUUGGAGUAUCAUAAGAAGAAGAAGAAGAAUCUUCAAUCAACAAAAAUGAAAGGUGCUGUUCUUGUUGCUAUUGCUGCUUCCAUCGGUAAUUUUCUUCAAGGAUGGGAUAAUGCUACCAUUGCUGGUUCCAUUCUUUAUAUUAAGAAAGACCUUGCUUUGCAAACAACUAUGGAAGGACUUGUGGUGGCCAUGUCACUUAUUGGAGCUACCGUGAUUACAACUUGCUCUGGUCCGAUAUCAGAUUGGCUUGGUCGGAGACCGAUGUUGAUAAUCUCAUCCGUGCUAUAUUUCUUGGGAAGUUUGGUUAUGUUGUGGUCUCCUAAUGUAUAUGUCUUGUGUUUAGCGAGGCUGCUUGAUGGAUUUGGUAUUGGUCUUGCUGUGACUCUUGUUCCGGUUUAUAUAUCUGAGACUGCCCCGUCGGAUAUAAGGGGAUCUUUAAAUACACUGCCUCAGUUCAGCGGUUCUGGAGGCAUGUUUUUAUCGUACUGUAUGGUUUUUGGGAUGUCAUUGACUGCCUCACCUAGCUGGAGAGUAAUGCUUGGGGUUCUUGCAAUUCCUUCUCUCUUCUAUUUUAUAUUGACAAUAUUUUUCUUGCCUGAGUCUCCUCGGUGGCUCGUGAGUAAAGGAAGGAUGUUGGAGGCUAAAAAGGUUCUCCAGAGAUUACGUGGCCAGGAUGAUGUGUCUGGUGAGAUGGCAUUGCUGGUUGAAGGUCUCGGGAUUGGAGGUGAUGCAUCUAUUGAAGAGUACAUAAUAGGCCCAGAUGACGACAUAGCGGAUGAUCAUGAACAAACGACAGAUAGAGACAAAAUCCGGUUAUAUGGAUCUCAAGCAGGCCUCUCCCGGUUAGCAAAACCUGUAACUGGACAAAGUUCUCUUGGUCUUGGCCUUGUGUCACGCCAUGGAAGCCUUGCCAUGGAUCCUCUUGUAACCUUAUUUGGCAGCGUUCAUGAGAAGCUGCACCCUGAGACAGGAAGCAUGAGAAGUGCUUUGUUUCCGACUUUUGGAAGCAUGUUCAGCACAGCUGAUCCUCAUAUUAAAAAUGAACAUUGGGAUGAAGAGAGCCUACAAAGAGAAGAGGAGGACUACAUAUCAGAUGGGGCUGCUGGGGACUCCGAUGACAAUUUGCACAGUCCCUUAAUCUCACGCCAAACAACAAGCCUUGAAAAAGACUUGCCUCCUCCUCCAUCCCAUGGCAGUUUGCUGAAUAACAUUAGGCGCCACAGUAGUCUCAUGCAUGAGUCAGGUGAUCCAGUUGGUAGUACUGGUAUUGGUGGUGGUUGGCAGCUUGCAUGGAAAUGGUCCGGUAAAGGUGAGGAUGGAAAAAAGCAAGGAGAGUUUAAAAGGAUUUAUUUGCACGAGGAGGGAGUUUCUGGUACUCGACGUGGAUCCAUGGUAUCAAUUCCCGAUGAAGGUGACUUUGUCCAUGCAGCUGCCCUGGUUAGCCAACCUGCUCUUUACUCCAAGGAGCUAAUUGGUGAACAACCAGUUGGGCCUGCAAUGGUUCACCCAUCUACGACUGCUUCGAAAGGGCCCAUUUGGGAGGCUCUUCUUGAACCAGGGGUCAAGCAUGCAUUGGUUGUAGGUAUUGGAAUUCAACUUCUUCAGCAGUUUUCAGGGAUUAAUGGGGUUCUAUAUUACACUCCUCAAAUCCUUGAAGAGGCCGGUGUUGCAGUUCUUCUUUCAGAUUUGGGCCUUAGCUCAACGUCUUCAUCUUUUCUUAUAAGUGCUGUCACAACCUUGUUGAUGCUUCCAAGUAUAGGCAUAGCUAUGAGGCUUAUGGAUGUCACGGGUAGAAGGCAAUUACUACUUGUCACAAUUCCAGUGCUGAUAGUGUCACUUGUUAUAUUGAUCCUUGGAAGCGUAAUAAAUUUUGGCAGUGUUGUCCAUGCAGCGAUCUCAACUAUAUGCGUCAUAGUAUAUUUUUGCUUCUUUGUUAUGGGUUAUGGACCAAUUCCAAACAUCCUUUGCGCAGAGAUUUUCCCCACUAGAGUGCGUGGGCUCUGCAUUGCUAUCUGCGCCUUAGUGUUCUGGAUUGGAGACAUCAUUGUCACGUACUCACUGCCUGUGAUGCUCAGUACUUUAGGUCUAGCCGGUGUCUUCGCCGUUUAUGCGGUUGUGUGUGUCAUCUCUUUCAUAUUUGUGUAUCUGAAGGUUCCAGAAACAAAGGGCAUGCCUCUUGAAGUCAUCACUGAAUUCUUUGCUGUUGGUUCAAAGCAGGCUGCAGCCGCAAAGAACGAGUGACAAAAGUUUGUUAUAUACAAGUGUAAUUUUAGUCGCCAAAGUUACCGUCUCUCUUAUUUGUAGAUUUUGCUUGUCAUAAGUUUGUUUUAAGGAGGAUGUCUUCUAGUUGUUCAAAUAUUAUUCUUUCUUAUAAAAUUUUGCAUUUAAAAAUUGGUAAUAGCCUUCAGGAUUUUUGAUUUAAUGUGCAUGUUUAAAGCCUUCUUGGAGACACUAUUCACUGUAGUACAGACUUCAGAGAUUCCAGACUGGAAUUUUCCUCAUGAUACUAAAUUUGUUCAUUGAUGUGUAUAAGGAGAAAUUUGGUCUGUUACAGUUAUGGAGUUAACUAUGAAUUUGAAUAUUAAAAUAAAGCAGAAUCUUUGUCGACAACA